AAGAGUCCGAGCAAGAACUGGAGAGCGAGCCGCAAUCAAGACAUUCGCGACAGGAAAAGAGGAAGUAUCACUAUACAAUGAGAUUGACGUUGACGCUUUUUUUAUUGACUAUCUCGCUAAGCUUAAGCAGUGCGAGAAGUCGACAACGCACAAGCAUAUUAAAUUCCGAUCGAUUAUCAAUCAAUCAACCAGAUUACACACAAUCAGACAAAUCCUUGGAUGAUGAAAGAGACAUCAAGCGAGUGCAAAUCUAUAAUCAAAUUGGAUUGGAUGGUAAAGUGCGAAGGAUUCAUUUGGAUUCUAAUGAAGAGAAUAAACCAGGCAUUCGCGCAUAUGGUUUACCGAGAAAACAUUUUCAAGAUAACGGUAUUAUCGAGAGAUUGCAUCUUGGAGAAGAUCGCAUAGAUGAUACCUUAAAAAGUGGUCGAUUAGUUGAAGCUUACGGAAUACCGAAGAAUAAAAUGGAGACCAACGGUUUUAUAGAAAGAUUGCCAUUAUCAAGCACUGGUCAUCAAGUUGCUAAAUUAGAUUCAAGAAAUGAAAAUAUUAGAAUAAGGAGAUCUAUUCGUACGGGAUUCGAGAACAAGGUCGAAAAGAAGGUCGCUAGCGAGGCGGAAGAUAUGCAGACACAAGAUUCUAAGGUUUUCAGACCGCUUUUCGUCUACAGACAACAAGUAGCUGCUAGGGAAAGACGGAAGCACGCGAGGAAUGUAGUACAUAGACAUCACGGACAUACGACGCAUCAACCUUGCUACCAUCAUCGAAUGAUCCACUGAUUUUAUUACAAUAAGAAUAUCAUAAAUAUGUAUUCCUCAUUCUACAGAAACUAAACUAAUUAGAUUUAAUUUAAUACCUACAUUUAUA